UCUGUCUCGCUACACUACGACAACUUUACUGAUCGCUCGUGACAGCAUCACUCCAUCACCAACUCUCUGCUUCUCAGCACAAUUUCUCCGCCAUUGCCACUCCUUCCAUUUCUUCAGAAUGGAGGGAGAUAAAGAUGCCUAUUACGUCGUACGGAAAGGGGAUGUUUUUGGAUUUUACAGGAGUUUUAAGGAGCUCGAGGCUCAAGCUGGAUCUCUGAUAUUUGAUCCUAAUGCAACGAUCUACAAAGGGUAUCACUUAUCUAAAGAAUCCGAGCAGUACCUUGCAUCGCAUGGACUUCAAAGUGCAACUUACUCUAUAAGUGCUGCUAACGUGACAAACGAUCUAUUUGGGAAACUACUUGCUUGUCCUUAUGAGCAACCAUCUUCUACUGGAGGAAAAAUGGCAGAAGAGUACCCCAAAGCUAAGCGACAACGAAACGUUGAGAAUACCGAAUCGGGGUUUGUAGGUGUCGACUUGGUCUCAACCGAUUCUCCGAAACAAGAAAUUACUCGGGAUCAUGGCUCUGAAGCCGUACCUGCUUCUUCAAGCCGUGUCUAUUUUCUUGAGUUUGAUGGUGCCUCAAAGGGAAAUCCUGGACUAGCAGGUGCUGGAGCUGUAUUACGUGCGAACGAUGGAACCACGAUCUGUAGGUUGCAAGAAGGGGUUGGGAUUGCUACAAAUAAUGUUGCUGAAUAUCGUGCUGUAAUAUUAGGACUGAAACAUGCUCUAAAGAGUGGCUUUAAACACAUUUCUGUGCGAGGAGACUCCAAGCUCGUUUGUAUGCAGGUUCAGGGUCUAUGGAAGCUCAAAAACCAAAAUAUGGCUACUUUGUGUAAAGUGGCAAAGGAUCUCAAGGAUAAGUUUGUGUCAUUUGAGAUCAACCACAUCCCCAGGGAACAAAAUUCCGACGCCGACGCUCUAGCAAACCGUGCUAUAUAUCUCCGAGAUGGCAUUGUAGUAGAAGACUGCAAGCAUAAAUGAAGAACAUACAAUGAGCUGCCCAGCUGAAGUGCCUAUUUUGAACCAUUUGAUGUUAAAAAUGGCUGAUUAGCAUCACUAAUUUUGGUUUACUAUGUCCACGGGGAUGCAACUUCAAGACUGUAAGCAUCAAAAGCUUUAUUACUAUUUUGAGAUAUAAAUUUUAACACGAUUUCUCCUUUCGAAUGCGACGAAGUGAGUUAGGUUGUC